AUGAGUCAACCUGCAGGGAACACGGCUCUCCUCAUCCUCACUCAAGUAGCCUCCCGGGGUCUAACGUUCGUCGGCAACCAAGUCAUUCUCCGCUACUCAGCACCUACAUUACUAGGAAUUGCUGUCCAACUCGAGCUCGUUUGCGUUACUGUACUGUACUUCGGUAGAGAAUCUCUCCGAGUGGCCUUGCAACGCCAACCACGCAUAGCUCCAGCGGAUUCAUCGAACUCGAAAUCCAAAGAUGCAGCGUCUAUCCAGCUGCAAGGCGCAAUCAACGCCUCCUACCUCGCCAUCCUUCUGGGCAUCCUGAUCGGAGGCUCAUCAUUCGCCUACUACCUCUCCAUCGCCCCCUCAGAAGCCAGGGCAUCACCAAACUUCUCCCGUGCUGUCAAGUACUACAUUCUUGCAACGUUAGUGGAGCUCCUCUCCGAAGCUUUCUUCGUUGUGAUUCAGCAACAAGCACUCUUCGCGGCUCGAGCGGCCGCUGAGACACGGGCCGCCAUUAAUCGCUGCAUAUUCGCCUGCAGCGUUGCAUUUUACACAUACCGGAAUGGGGACGAACCUUCGAUCCUGCCCUUCGCGACCGGCCAGCUAGCUUACGGCGUCACGCUGUUCAUCCUCUACUACCUAGCCGCACAGCGAGCGUUGGCGGCCACGAACUGCACUCUACUGCCCUCGAUGAUUCCCCGAGCCAGCAACAGCCGCGCCUUCUUCUCCCUCUUUCCCAGACCGCUCCUCUCCCUCGCCACCACUCUCUACGCCCAAUCCAUAUUCAAGCUCCUCCUCACGCAAGGCGACACGCUCCUCCUCUCGCUCCUCGCCCCCCUCCACUCCCAAGGCGCCUUCGCUCUCGCCUCCAACUACGGCGGCCUUUUAGCCCGGCUCCUCUUCCAACCCAUCGAAGAAUCCUCGCGCAACACCUUCGGCGCCCUCCUCUCCAACCCCACCCCCACCGCUCCCUCAGAGUCCAACACCCGCACCGCCCUCACCCACCUCGCCCUAACCCUGCACACCUACACCCUCGGCGCCCUCCUCGCCGCCGUCUUGGCCCCACCCCUCCUCCCGACCCUCACGCCCCUGGCCCUCUCCCCACAAUGGCGCACCCGGGAAACCACCUCCCUCCUCGCCGCGUACGUCUACUACGUGCCCCUCACGGCCGUCAACGGCGUGCUCGACGCCUUCGUCACCAGCGUCGCCACCCCCGCCCAACUGCACUGGCAGUCCCUGUCCAUGGCGGGCUUCACGGCCCUGUACGGCGCCGCGGCCUGGUUGUUUUUGAACAAGAUGGAUGUGGGCGCGCAGGGCCUCGUGUGGGCGAAUGCCGUGGGCAUGCUGGCGCGCGUUGCGUGGGGGGCGUGGUUUGUCGCGCGGUGGAUCGCGGAUCAUGGAAGCCGGCAUCCUGCCGCUGUGGUUGCCGCCGACGCCGCCGCUGCUACUGCUGAGCGACCUCCCGAUGAUGAUGAUGAUAAUGAUGCGGGGGAGGUGGUGAAGGUGAAGGCGAGAAAGGCAAGCGCAGAAGUUAGCAAUGCCUGGUUCUGGCCCAAGGCCCUACCAGACGCGCUGUCGUUCGUCGCGGCGGUGGGGGUGUGGAUGGGGCUGCGACUGACGCUGCCCAACGCCGAGGGGGUGCGAGGGGGAGGAGGAGUGCUGCAUCUGCAGCACUUGAGCUUUGUGGCUAUGGGCGGGCUCGUAUUGGGCGUGAGUAUCUUGCUGCAGGAGAUGGAGUUCUUGGCGGAGAUGCUGAGGACGGUAGUGCCGAGAAGGAUCGUGGAGAGGGUGCCUGGGUUAAAGGAGUUUUUGGGUGGGGGUCAGCAGUCGGGGGUGGUGGGGGUGGAGAGAGGCAGUGGUGGGGAGGGGAAGAAGGAGCUGUGA